CUCGUUAACACGCAACGUGGACGUGAAGGACGCAAAGAAAUCCAAACAUUUUUUAAAGAAAAGAAAUUAUUUAUAGUAAUUAAAGGAUAGUAUCAACGUUAACGUAACAUAAUCUCUGCUUCUCUGUCAGAUUCACUCACCGCUCUGACUUUAAGCGAGAGAAGAAAAUACAAGAAGAUUCAGAGCAAGAGAAGCAAAGCAGAGAAUAUGUGCUGUGGAGACGGUGACUGUAGGCCUCUUGGCUUUCUUUUAGGCCUUCCCUUUGCCUUUCUUUCUCUAAUUAUCUCCGCUGUUGGCGUUGUCAUUUGGAUUGUCGGGUUGUUAUUAUCCUGUGUUUGUCCUUGUUGUUUAUGCGUGACAGUGAUAGUAGAACUGGCUCUGGAGUUGAUCAAGGCCCCCAUUCAUGUCAUGGAGUGGUUCACUUCUCAGAUACCUUGUUGAUUUUCAUGAUUCUACUGAACAUACCUUAGUUAUGUAGUAGUUUUCUGUUUGUUGAUUUGGAUUCUUCCUCUUUCUACUUAAUAUACCUAUUUAUGUGUUUUCUUGUUUGUUAUUGAGGGGAGCGUGAGUAAAAUUUUAUGGAAUGACUUAUGAGAUGAUUCAUCUUCAGAUAUGAUUUCUGACCAUUUGUGAA